AUAAAAAUAUAUAUAUAUCACAGGCGAAAAGAGUAAAUGUGUAUUCAGCAAAUUUUCUCACUAGGGUUCUAGAACUUUCUAGAAGCUUCUGCACUACCGUCCAAUGGCCGAAGAAAUGGACGUUCCGGUGGAUGAUACAGAACGCCGCCGUGAAACUAGCAAGGAAAAUGCUAACAAGUCCGCCGUAGCGGAGCCGGAGUCUCCUAUUCCACCGCUUCCACCGCCGCAGUCUCCUACACCACCGCUUCCACUGCCUCAGUCUUCUCCACGACGGAUUACACCGCCGGAGUCUCCUACACCACGGCUGCCACCGCCGGAGCAGAGAGGCGGACAGAAGGAUGAUAUUCGAGGUGGCCGUGGAGAUUACUAUGAUCGUAACCGGUUUUCUCCGCCACGAGUGCGUUACUUUAAGCGGAGACGUCCUAGCUAUAGUCCUCCUCAUCCACCUCUAUAUCGUGAUCGUCGUGGUGCACAUUCUCCUUCACCUUCUCCUCCUCCGUAUCGGGGCCGUCGUGGUGGACAUUCUGCUUCACCUUCUCCACCUCAGUAUCGGUACCGUCAUGGUGGAAAUUCUGCUUCCCCUCCUACUCCUUCAUAUCGAUACCGUCGUGGUGGACAUUCUGCUUCCCCUUCUUCUUCUCCGUAUCGGGGCCGUCGUGGUGGACAUUCUGCUUCCCCUUCUCCACCUCAGUGUCGGGACCGUCCUCGCCGUUCGCCACCAUUUCCACCUUACAAGCGCCCGCGGAGGGAUGAUUACCAAGGCAGCUACCAAUACAGACGUGGACGUGGUUAUGGACCUGGUGAUUGGAGGUAUGGUUAUGACUAUCAAGUUUGUUACGAGCGCGAGACAGGAGGCAGGCUUGGUUAUCCUGUCGAGAGGCCUCAUGAUCGAUUCAUUGGCCGUUCAUCAGACAGGGUUACUGGUCGUGGUGGAUUUGCUAAUGCUCUUGUUGCAGGGGCCGAUCAGAGAGAAGGAUUGAAGUCUUAUAAGCAGUUUAUUCAAGAGCUUGAAGAUGAUAUUUUGCCAGCUGAAGCUGAGAGCAGGUACCAAGAAUACAAGUCUGGCUAUAUAGAAGCCCAUAAAAGAGUUUAUUUUGGUGCUCAUAAAGAUGAAGAAUGGUUGAAGGACAAAUACCAUCCUACAAACUUAAUUUCUGUUAUUGAAAGGAGGAAUGAACUUGCACGGAAGUUGGCAAAAGAUUUCUUCCUUGAUAUGCAAAGUGGAAUAUUUGAUAUAGGUCCUAGGGUUACUCCUGCUUCUGCAAAAAAGCCAGGACGGUCAAAUGAGUCAAAUUCUGAUGAAGUAGAUGAGGAUGGCAAAAGAAGGCGGCAUGGUAGGGUACCCCCUAAAGAUACUGCUUCACUUUCAGCUGCUCCAAUGGCUCACCAAGUGAGUUCUGAACCCAGAAGAGUCCAGAUUGAUAUUGAACAAGCACGGGAACUUUUGAGAAAGCUCGACUCAGAGAAGGGAAUAGAGGAUAACAUAUUGUCUCAGUCUGAUCAUACAGGAAGCAGAGACAAGUCUCAUGGGGAUACCUCUGGCCCAAUAAUUAUCAUAAGGGGCUUAACUUCAGUAAAAGGUCUUGAUGGGACCGAGCUGCUCGAUACAGUUCUAACCUAUUUGUGGCGCAUUCAUGGGGUGGAUUACUAUGGAAUGACUGAAACAAAUGAAGCUAAGGGUUUGCGCCAUGUGAGAGUGGAGGACAAGGCUUCCAAUGUAACAAUAAAUGGUGCAGAGUGGGAAAAGAAACUUGACACACAUUGGCAAGGAAGGCUGAAGGGACAGGAUCCGUUAGAGUUAAUGACUGCAAAUGAAAAAUUUGAUGCAGCUGCUAAUGAAUGUUUAGAUCCCUAUGUCCGUAAGAUUAAGGAUGAGAAAUAUGGUUGGAAGUAUGGGUGUGGAGCCAAGGGUUGUACAAAGCUCUUCCAUGCUACAUCAUUCGUCCAUAAGCAUUUGAAGUUAAAACACCCUGAUUUGGUGAUGGAGCUCACUUCUGAAGUGUGUGAAGACCAAUACUUCCAGAAUUAUAUGAAUGAUGAAAAUGCUCCUGGUGGGACCCCUGUAUUGCAGCCAUCCCUUCCGAAAGAGAAGGCACUAAACAACCGACUUGGGCCAGUUGGUAGAGUGAAGGAUGACAGAGGGAACCGUAGAGAUCGUGAUGGUCGAGGUAAUGGUGGUGAAAGGUUUGAUAGAUCAGUGAACCCUCAAUCAACGGAUUUUCAAUCCAAGAAUGAUGGUGCCAGUAAGGACAGACCUGGUGAACAUAUGUUUGACACAUCUGGUAGACAAGGGAUUCCAGUUGCUCCUUUUUCCUCAGACAUGGCUCCUCUACCUAUACUGAUGCCUGUUCCUGGUGCCGGUCCUCUUGGGCCUUUUAUACCUGCACCGCCCGAAGUUGCAAGGCGAAUGAUGCGAGAACAAGUUGGCUCCUCUCCUUUUGAAGGUGGUAGACUUGGUUUGUCAGGGGCUGCAACAAAUCGACCAGCUGUGUUACCUCCUGCAUUUCGACAAGAUCCUCGGCGUUUAAGAAGUUACCAUGAUCUUGAUGCACCCGACAAGGAAGUUACUGUGAUAGACUACAGAAGUUUGUAGCAUUAGCAUUGAGUGUGUAGAGGCAACUUGUUGAGUUGUAGAAAGAAGAAAGCUUAAAGCUGUGUUGAGGUUAUGAAGAUCGAUCUAAGCAUCUAACCACAUCGACAUGCAUAAGGAUCGUAUAGACAGGAGAAAUUUUGUUUUUGGCUGCUGUUCAGAUGUUCUCUAUGUGACGCAAUAUGCCAGCUCUCUGGAUAUUUCCAAAUUCCAGAUUCUGCAUUAGGUUUUCGAGUCAUGGAGAAUUAACGUCAUCUCCCUCAUAUGCUGUGGCAAAUUUUAGAAAUACCAAUGAUCGUGAUAUACUGAUGUUAAAUUUACUGGCAUGCAAGCUUUUUGGAAAUAUCCAGAGGACUUGAAAUUUCUGAUUAACAUGGAACAGAUCAUUGAUGGUCUUGCUGUUUUGUAAAUGGUGAUUUUACUGUCAAUAUAUGGUGCUAAUAUUGAGGAAGGAUUCAAAUAUUAAAAGUUGUUAGUUUUGAUA